GGCGAGUGAAGAAGGAAGGGGCGUACCAUGCUGAGGUCCACAACGAGGUUGACUGCAGCAGCGUUCACCCCGCGAUUCCUCAGCUCGACGCAGAAUCACGUGGCAUUAAGCAGGGCCAGCAUUAGUUUCGCUCGUUAUCUCAGUGAGAGAAGCAACGGGGAAUUAGAAUCACAGCGAAGGAUCAGUCGAGUUCAAGUAGUCCGUCGACCAACCCAGUCCUGCCGGUUUUAUUCCACGGAAAGGGGACAGAUGGCUACAGCAGAAACUCUCAGUUUCCUCAAGACCAACGUUCGGAUCGAGGAUGGUCUCAGCGCCGACUACGACUGUGUAGUGAUUGUCGGUACCUCUUUGUGCCCGAAAUCGUUGGGCAAGGCUGAAAUCUACGCCGCUGCUCUUGGAGCGAUCGAGAAGACUGACGAGUCGUUCGAAAAAACACUGACCUUCAUCCACGUCGAUGGAGCCCGCGUCGUGUAUUCCCCCACCGGACCUCUCAACAGAGAUCAAGACGACAUCCGAGUUUUCUCUGACGCGGCGAUCAAGGGCGUGAAGAGAGCCUUGUCUGCCGGCGCGAAGAAACCCCUAGUCGUUCUCCCGAAAACUAUCGAGCCCUUCACGGAUUUCAAUGUUGACGCCGCCGUGGUUCUGGGAGCUCUGGAAGCGAUCUAUGUUCCUCUGGAAAUCCGCGAGGACGUCCCUGAAAAGAAGAGGAAAGUCGAACGCCUUGGUUUCCUCAACUUCGGCGGCGACGCUAAACGUUUCCAGUAUCUCCUGAGUCUAGAAAGCGGACGUCUCGCGUGCCGAGACAUCGGGGGUUCCGACCCCGAACGCAUGGCCGCCCCGAAAGUCGAGGAAUACGUAAAGGAACUUUUCGCCGAUUCUCCCGUGACGGUGCGAGUUAUUUCCGACCGGGAGCAACUCGAGGCGAACUACCCGUGUCUCGCCGCCGUAGACAGAUGCGCGAGACACGUGGAUAGACAUGGAGCCCGUAUGAUUUUUCUCGAGUACUCCGAAGGUACUCCGGAGCAGUGUCUCGCAUUCGUGGGCAAGGGAGUCACUUACGAUACCGGAGGCGCUGACAUCAAAGUCGGGGGUAUCAUGGCCGGCAUGCACAGAGACAAAUGUGGAGCUGCUGCCGUCGCUGGAAUAUUCCAGACCCUGGCUCUCACAAAACCGAGGAAUAUCAAAGUUAUUGGCGCGAUGUGCAUGGUCAGGAACUCAGUGGGAUCGGACGCGUACGUAGCCGACGAGAUCAUCACCUCGAGAGCUGGACUCCGACUCCGUGUGGUGAACACCGACGCCGAAGGCCGACUGGCAAUGGCUGACGCUCUGGCGGAGAUGAAGGAACGCGUCAUCGCCGACGGACUCGAAGGCAAAGCCCAUCUGUUCACUAUCGCGACUCUGACCGGACACGCGCGCUCUGCUGUGGGCCCACCUUUCUCCAUAAGCUUGGACAACGGGCCCGCCUGUCGCCAGGAAGCGUCCCGGAAGUUGCGGGCCGCAGGCGAUGAGAUCGGUGACCUUUUGGAAAUAUCCACGGUCCGAAGAGAGGAUUACGAUGCCGCGAACAGCACCUCCGAGUACGAGGACUUGCUCCAAUUUGUUCGGAAAAAGGGCGCUCCCCGGGGACAUCAACUGGCGGCCGCUUUCUUGAUUCGAGUCUCGGGAUUAGACAAGCACGGCAAGGACAGCUCGAAGCCCUUAGCUUACACUCACCUGGACAUUGCCGCAGCGACGGGAGAGUUCCCGGGCACUCCGACGGGAUCCCCCAUUGCUGCUCUCGUCCAGAGAUUCAUAUAUCCGAGAAUUUGACGCGAUCGAGGCGUUUCUGAACUCAAUGCCGAUCGGUGACCGCACAUUGUUGUACCAUGAGCCGACCCGAAUAAAUAAAGCAUCCUAUCACUACCU